AUGCCGGCCGCGAUUUCAAGCCUGCAUACAGCCGUGGGAAGGAUGGUAGCGCUGUCAGCAGCGGCAAUCUUCGCAGCCUAUGUUGUGCCUCGUACAGGUGCCUUCGUGGCUUCACCGCCUAUGCGCACAGGACAAAGGCUGCCCCCUUUGAAUACUCAUGUCAGCACACCAUCUUCCGAUUCUGGCGUGCAGCUGACAGCGACUGCUGCAAGCGCAGCGUGUGCCUUCGUCGCUGCGGCGGCUGCUGCAUCCUUUGCCGCGGCCAUCCCGGUGCGCGGAGCCAGCGCAGCGCCAAAGAAGGCAAACGUGGUCGUUCGCGCCGGUGCCUGGAGCGCGGGCUCCUCCGGAAGCAUCUCUUCAAGCGGUUCAUCCUUUCUUGGAAGCUCAAUGGCCGGUUCCGUGACCGGGCCGGUGGCGUCGGCGCCCUCGAACAGCUCGGGAUCUGGCCUCACCUCCAUGAAGAUGAUGUUCGAGCGCUUUAACGAGAAGGCGAUCAAGGCCGUAAUGACCGCCCAGGAGGAGUCCAGACGGUUAGGCCACAACUAUGUCGGCACCGAGAUGCUUUUGGUCGGCGUUGUUGCUGACACCUCCGGUCCUUCGGCCAAAGUUUUGAAGAAGUUCAACGUCACGCUGAAGGACACUCGGAGAACUGUGGAAGAGACCGUGGGACGUGGCAGCGGUAUGGUCUCCGUGGAGAUCCCAUUCACUCCGGCAGCCAAGCGCGUCCUGGGCGAUGGAGUGGAGGAGGCGAAGAGGUUAAACGCCAAUACGAUUGACACUGCCCACAUCUUGUUGGCCCUCCUCAAAGAGGACAACGGCAACGCAGUCAACAUUUUGGGGAAGCUGGGUGUGGAUCCGUCCAAAAUGCCAGAAGAGAUCAUCAAGGAGCUCCAAGAGAAGGAGGAGCGGAGCCUCGUCGGCGUCACCUCACGUGGAGGAGGUUCCGGAAAGACCGUGACGCUGGAAGAGUUCGGAAACGACCUGACCAAGGCAGCUGAAGAGGGCAAGAUGGACCCGCUUGUUGGCCGCCAGGCAGAGCUGGAACGCACCAUUCAGAUCCUCGCCCGAAGGCAGAAGAACAACCCAGUGCUAAUUGGUGAGCCGGGCGUGGGCAAGACGGCAAUUGCUGAGGGAUUGGCACAAAAGAUUGUGGCUGGAGACAUCCCAGAGCUCCUGCAAGGCAAGCGUAUUGUGCAGCUCGACCUAGCAAUGCUGCUGGCCGGAACACGCUACCGCGGAGAGUUCGAAGAGCGCCUCAAGAACGUGAUCAAGGAGGUGCUGGACUCCAAGAAGCAAAUCAUUCUCAUGAUUGAUGAGAUCCACACUAUCGUUGGCGCUGGAGGAACAGGCGACGGCGGUGGUGCGAUUGACGCAGGGAACAUCAUGAAGCCGGCCCUGUCCCGCGGAGAACUGCAGGUCAUUGGGGCCACUACAAUUGAGGAGUACAGGAAGUACAUCGAGAAGGACAAGGCCCUUGAACGACGUUUCCAGCCCGUGAAUGUCCCUGAGCCCACAAAUGAAGAGACGCUCACGAUCUUGAAGGGCCUGGCAAAGAAGUACGAGGAGCACCACAAGCUCAAGUAUACUGAUGAAGCUCUGGCGGCGUGUGUAAAGUUCGCCUCGCAGUACAUUCAAGAUCGGUUCCUUCCAGACAAGGCAAUUGAUGUCCUGGAUGAGACCGGUGCUCGAGUGCGACUUCGUGAGUCCUCCAUCCUCCCAGAGGAGGCCAAAGAAGCACAGAACAAGCUGAAGGAGGUCAUGACAAGCAAGGAGGAAGCCGUCAGAAACCAGAACUAUGAGCUCGCCCAAGAGCUUAAGGCAGAGGAGAGCAGCCUUCGGACAAAGAUCAAGAGCAUCAUUAGUGAGUCGAAGUCUGCCCUGGCAACGGACGAAGAUGAGGAAGAGGCCGACGGCGACGAGAAGGCAAGGAAGGAGAUUCUGGUCACCGAGGCUGAUGUAGCGGCUGUGGUCUCCAAGUGGACCGGCGUUCCUGUUGAGAAGGUCUCUUCUGACGAAGGAGCUCGCCUGGUCAAGCUGGAAGAGGUUCUCCAUGCCCGCGUGAUUGGGCAGAACGAGGCCGUCACAGCUGUGGCCAAGGCUGUCCGGCGCGCAAGAGCUGGGCUGAAGAAUCCCAACCGACCAAUCGCAUCUUUCAUCUUCUGUGGUCCGACAGGAGUUGGGAAGACGGAGUUGUGCAAGGCCUUGGCAGCGGCGUACUUCGGUAAGGAGGAUGCCAUGAUCCGCCUGGACAUGUCCGAGUUCAUGGAGCGCCACACCGUGUCCAAGCUCAUCGGCAGUCCACCAGGUUAUGUUGGCUAUGACGAAGAGAGCCAGCUGACUGACGGAAUCCGUCGCAAGCCAUACAGCCUCGUCCUUUUCGACGAGGUCGAGAAGGCACACCCAGAUGUGUUCAAUCUCAUGCUUCAGAUUCUGGAGGACGGCCGCUUGACCGACUCCAAGGGCCGCGUCGUUUCCUUCAAGAAUGCGCUGAUCAUCAUGACCUCCAACGUCGGGGCCAAGGCCAUCGAGAAGGGUAUCCAGGGCGGCGGUGGCAUCGGCUUCAGCGGCCUGGAGGACGCAGAGGAUGCAGAGACGUCGAGCUACAACCGCCUGAAGACGUUGGUCUUCGACGAGCUCAAGAACUUCUUCAAGCCUGAGUUCCUCAACCGUUUGGACGAGGUCAUUGUCUUCAGAUCACUGACGAAGCCAGAGGUUGCGCAAAUUGCGGAGCUGGAGUUCAAGAAGACGUUCAGCCGAACGAAGGAGAGAGGUAUCCAGCUAAGCAUGACGGAAAAGUUCAAGCAGAAGGUUGUGGAUGAGGGCUUCAAUCCCACUUACGGUGCCAGACCACUCCGGCGGGCAAUCAUGCGCUUGGUAGAGGAUGAAUUGGCCGAGUCGUUCCUCAAGGAGCCGACACGAGAAGGUGAGCACAUCCUCAUGGAUGUCAAUGCAGACGGAAAUGUCAUGAUUCUCCGGGACCAGCCGGCCCCGGAGGGUGCAGAGGAAGAGGAGAUGAAGGUCGUGGAGACGACUGCAGCGCGGGCAUGGCCUCAGAAGAAGCGUUCAGCUCAAGAUGCUCGCUUUUCUGCUGAAGUUGCUGCCGCGAUGGCCGCUUUGUCGGCAGCGAGAUUUUGA